AUGAAAAUCACAGGCGCAGUAGAGGACCUGAGGACACUCAUGUACCCCCAUGAUGACGCGCUGGUUUUCACGGCCGACAUAGCAACUUGUAUUGUACAUCGCAUCUUCGUGGACUCUGAGAGUGCGGUGAAUAUUUUAUACUUAGAAUGUCUCCAAAGUAUGGGGAUCGAGGCUAAUAUUGAACCCACGAACGCCACUCUGUUCGGAUUCAGCGGAGAAAUCAUCAUGCCACUGGGGUUUGUGGAGUUACAAGUUACUCUCGGCAGGGCAGAUGCCUGCAAAAAUAGGAUGAUACGAUUUUUGGUGGUAGACAUGCCCAAACCAUCUUACAACGUGAUACUCGGACGCCCUGCUCUGACGGCGUUCAGAGCAAUCAUUUCAAUGUUCCACCUAAAAAUGAAAUUCCCAAUCGGAGGCGGAAGAGUGGGGGAAGUCUGGGAUGAUCAAAAGAUGUCAAAAGAAUGCCAUGUGCGAAUGCUCACGCAAUCUUCGGUUCAAAAAAGAGAAAGAGAAAGGGCAACAGAGGGAUCAGACACUAGAAAGAAGGGGAAGACGAGUGAUGUCGCUGGCCCGGCAGAAGAACGAUGGGAAUUGUCAGAGCUGUUAAAUGCUCGGGAAAACUCUGAGAAAUCUGCCUUGAUAUCUACCAACGGCGUGUGUAACAUGAUUGACCUAUUUCCGGGAAAAGAGGACUUUCAGACAAAAAUCGGGUCAUCCAUGAAUGAACAAACCAGAGCAGAGCUAAUCAACUGUCUUCAGAGGAAUGCGGAUGUGUUUGCUUUCAGCACAGGCGACUUAAAGGGCAUUGACAGAGGAUUGGCGGAACAUCGCCUCAAUGUAGAUCCCAAUGUAAAACCAGUAAAACAAAGAACAAGGCAUUUUGGGGCCGAAAAAGAUGUUGCCAUCAGAGAGCAGGUCCAAGGAUUACUAGAUGCGGGUCACAUCGAAGAGGUACAGUACCCGGAAUGGAUCUCAAACGCCGUGAUGGUGGCUAAAAAGACAAACACUUGGCGCAUGUGUGUGGACUACAGGGACUUGAAUGCCGCUUGCCCUAAGGAUCAUUAUCCUCUACCGAGGAUUGACCAACUUGUGGAUUCUACCUCGGGUUGUGCGUUGCUAUCCAUGAUGGACGCCUAUCAAGGGUAUCACCUAGUCAAAAUGCAUAAAGGGGAUAUUGCCAAAACGGCCUUUGCCGUCUACUGCGGGGUAUUUGGUUGGAAGAGCAUGCCGUUCGGUCUUAAGAACGCGGGGGCUACGUAUCAAAGAAUGAUGGAAAAAAUAUUCUGGGAACAGCUCUCGAAGAAUAUAUCGGUAUACGUGGAUGAUAUGCUUGUGCGAAGUAUCAGAGCAGAGGACCACGUCUCUGACCUGGAAGAAAUUUUUACAGUUAUCAGGGAUCAUAGACUCAUGCUUAAUCCAGCAAAGUGCACCUUCGGGGUCACCACAGGGAAAUUUUUGGGACACAAGGUCACCCCGGCAGGGAUCGAGGUCAACUCAGACAAGGUGAAGGCCAUAAUAGAUAUGACACCGCCCAGAGGCAUCAAAGAGGUACAAACUCUUAACGGGCGUAUCACUGCCCUGAGUAGGUUUAUUUCACAAUCGACAGAGCGAAGCUUGCCGUUUUUCAAGAUUUUAAGAAAGGGGACCAGAUUUAAAUGGGAUGCGGAGUGUCAGUCAGCUUUCGAUGAUCUCAAAGUAUACUUGGCAGAGCUCCCGACUCUGACCAAACCAAUUCCUGGGGAAGUAUUAUAUUUGUACAUAGCAGUGGGCGAGGAAUCAGUUAGCUCUGUCCUUAUCAGAGAGGCGGGGAGUCAUCAGAAGCCGGUCUACUUUGUCAGCAGGGUGAUUCAAGGGCCCGAAUUAAACUAUUCAGAGAUUGAAAAGGAUGCUCUGGCAGUCAUGGUCACAGCUCGGAAGCUAAGACCCUACUUCUUAUCACAUCGCGUGGUGGUUCGAACUGCCUUACCCUUCAGACAAGUGCUGGGAAGGCCAGAUCUUUCAGGACGCAUGGUGAAAUGGGCCGUGGAGUUAGGGGAAUAUGAUGAGAAUUAUGAGCCAAAGAUGGCUAUCAAGGCCCAAGCCCUUGAGGAUUUUAUUCAAGAAACUACUCGUCGCCCUGUGCAAGAGUUUUGGGUGGCUUUCGUAGAUGGAUCGGUUACAAAAGAGGGAUGUGGGAUCGGAGUGUAUAUCAUUUCUCCAGGAUCAGAGGUAUACCAAUUCGCUAUCAAAUUCACCUGUAAGAUACCCAACAAUGAAGCUGAGUAUGAGGCCGUGGUCAGAGCAGCGCAUAUUUUGUCAGAGCUGCGGGCGGAAUGUGUCACCAUCAGAACUGACUCACAAUUGGUAGCUCAGCAACUCUCGGGAGGAUACCAUAUAAAAGAGGAUCGGAUGCGAGCAUAUCACAGCAAAAUUGUUGAAUUAAAGAAAAAAUUUGUGGAAUUCAGAAUAGAACAGAUCUCGCGAGAGGAGAAUACCCGGGCAGACUUAUUGGCACGGGUUGCCAGCGCAGUGGAGCAGACGUGGAAUGAUGAGAUCACGCUGCUCUGCGACACCAGAGGGAUGAGGACUUCCCAAGUUGCUGCGGUGGGCACACGGGAUUCAGGGAUCUUAUACGAAAAACCAUCCGGGCAGGGUUCUAUUGGCCAACCAUUACUAAUGAUGCCAGAGAAUUCGUUCGCAAAUGUGAGGCUUGUCAGAGGCAUGCUGGCAGGAUUAAUGUUCCAGGGGAGACUAUGGGAGUAA